GUAUUCUCAUGAACGAAUACAAGACCCUGGCCAAAGAGCCAUGGGUGAACAUCGAGCUCAACGAGGAAGACAUUUUCCAGUGGACGAUCGGGCUCAUCGUCCUGAACCCAGAUUCUCUCUACUACGGGGGCUACUUCAAGGCGUCCAUGAAGUUCCCCAAGAACUACCCAUACUCUCCUCCCGAAUUCCGCUUCCUCCGCCCCCUCUGGCACCCAAAUAUCUACUCCGACGGCAAACUGUGCAUCUCCAUUCUCCACGCCCCAGGGGAUGACGAGAUGUCAGGGGAACUCGCCUCAGAGAGAUGGUCCCCCGCCCAGCGCGUCGAAUCCGUCCUCAUCUCAAUCCUAUCCCUCCUAGACGACGCAGAGGUGUCAUCCCCAGCGAACGUCGACGCAGGCGUCAUGCUGCGCAAAGAACCAGACCAGUACAAGGCGAUUGUGCGGAGCAAUGUGGAGGACUCGAAAAAGGACAUCCCAGCGGGAUUCGUCAUGCCCACUCACGAGACGACCGCGAAGCCCGUGAAGCCGGUCGAGAAGGAUGAUUCGGAUUUUUGGGCGGAGAGUGACGCCGACGACGAUGUGUUUGGGGGGAGCGACUCGGAUGAGGAUCUCGAUGUGGAUGACCAGGAUAGCGGUAGUGACUUUGAGGAUGAGGAGGAGCGGCAGCGGGCGUGACACCCUUUUUUCUCCUUUUUUUUUUGGCUGGGGUACAGCACUAUCUUGGAUUUUGGGCAUAGCGCAGGCGCACUGGGGGAACUUAGCCAGAAGCAUGAUCAUCUGUAUAUUCUUUUUCUUUCUUUCUUUAUCAACCUCGCCACUGUAUCCAGCAUCAUUAUCUGUCAUAUGCUAUGCAUAGUUCUUUCAGCACGUUAGAAUGGUAU